AUGAAACCAGGCGCAGUCGCGGUAGACUUCGGGACCAACGAUCCCGAUCCUGCAUUUGACUUUGAACAAGUACCCUAUCCAAACUCCAACAACUGGACGUCCAUUGACCGAGAAGAAGAUCUCCCACUGCAUUACAUGUCUGAAGAAAAGGCGCGGAGGCGGGUUGUAAAAGGCCCUGGAGCGCCGUCUGGUGGCGAGUACGAGUAUAAUGAGAAGGAGCGCUACGUAGAUUACUACGAGGAUGAGAGCAAGGACAUUUACAACAAACCCCGCGCCAGUUCGGCGCGCAUAGGCAGCGGGCGGCUGCCUCAACCUCCUCUACCCCCUCCGACAUCCCUACGCGAGUUCUUCAUGCAAAACCUUGAGCACCUUCCUCCAAUCAUCUACACCCUUCUCUCUUGCUGGACACGCUUCCACAAAAUUGGCGCAUCGAACAUCGUCGUUUGGGACGAGGCGCACUUUGGCAAGUUCGGCUCGCACUACCUCAAGCGCGAGUUUUACUUUGACGUGCACCCGCCGCUUGGGAAAAUGCUCGUUGGUCUUGCGGGCCUGCUGGCAGGUUACGACGGCUCGUUCGAAUUCAAGUCCGGCGAGGCGUAUCCCGAGAACGUGCCCUACGUCGCAAUGCGGGUGAUGCUGGCGACAUUUGGUGUUGGCAUGGUCCCCCUCGCUUGGUACACAGCUGUGGAGCUUGGAAUGAGCCAGUGGGCGUGCCAUCUCACGGCGAUGAUGGUCUUGCUAGACGUUGGUUGGUUAUGUAUCUCUCGUUUCAUUCUCCUGGAUUCCAUGCUCCUAUUUUUCACGGUCCUUACUGUCUUCUGUUUAACAAAAUUCCACAACCAACAGUACCAAUCAUUUUCUAUUGAUUGGUGGCUAUGGUUGUUCCUAACUGGUGCUUCCAUUGGUGCUGUAACAAGUGUCAAAAUGAUCGGUCUGUUCGUCACGGCGUUGGUGGGCGUCUACACUGUCGAAGACCUUUGGGAAAAAUUCGGUGACACAAAAAUGUCUUGGCGGGAUCAGGCUAAGCAUUGGGGUGCUCGUAUCUUCUGUCUAAUUAUCGUUCCUAUUCUCGUCUUCAUGGCCUCUUUCAAGAUUCAUUUCAUGGUUCUGAAUCAUUCUGGACCUGGUGAUGCUCAAAUGAGCUCUUUGUUCCAGGCCAACCUUGAAGGAAAUGACUUUGCACAAAAUCCUCUGGAAAUCGCUUUCGGUUCUAAAAUCACACUUAAAAACAUGGGCUGGGGAGGAGGCCUUCUCCAUUCGCAUGUGCAGACCUACCCUGUCGGGUCCAACCAGCAACAAGUGACCUGCUACCACUACAAAGACAGCAACAAUGAAUGGCUGGUCCUGCCGCGAUGGGAUGAGCCGGCGUACAAUCCACAGGGCGAGAUCAGGUACCUUAAGCACGGUGACGUCAUCAUCCUGCGACACGUCCCUACUACGCGCAAUCUGCACUCGCACAACAUCGUCGCGCCAGUCUCAAAGCUCAACAAUGAAGUAUCCUGCUACGGCAACGAAACUAUUGGUGACAGUUCAGAUUAUUGGCAGGUUGAGGUGGUGGACGACAUCAAACAGGGCAACCACGUUGAUCGAAUUCACUCAUUGACGACGAGGUUGAGGUUUAAGCAUAAGACGCUAGGGUGCUAUUUGAGGGCCGCAAAUGCAAUUUUGCCCCAGUGGGGGUUCAAGCAGGUUGAGGUUAGUUGUGAUAAGGAAAAUAAUCCCAAGGAUAUUCAUACCUACUGGAACGUUGAAAGUCACUGGAACGAAAGACUUCCUAGCGGCAACACCAAGUUCUACAAAUCACCUUUCUUGCGCGAUUUCUGGCAUCUCAACGUCGCCAUGAUGACAUCGAAUAACGCUCUUAUCCCCGACCCAGACAAGGAGGAUAUCCUUGCAUCCAAACCAUUCGACUGGCCGUUCAUCCACCUUGGGUUGCGUAUGUGCGGUUGGGGCGAUAACCAACUGAAGUACUACCUUAUGGGCACGCCUGUCAUUUGGUGGGGCAGCACAAUUAGCUUGGGUGUUGCACUGGUUGCGCUUUUAAUAUAUUUGCUCCGCUGGCAAAGAAAGUACAAGGAUAUGGAUGCUCGUGAAUGGGAUCAUUUCCUGUAUGUCGGCAAAAUCGCGUUCUUUGGCUGGUUCUUCCACUUUGUACCAUUCCUCAUCAUGGGCCGUGUAACAUAUCUCCACCACUACUUACCUACCCUCUACUUCGCAGUGCUUAUGUUCUCUCAUGUCCUUGACCACUUCAUUUUCUCCUCGCGAAACUUGACCACAAAAACGAAAUCCAUCAUCUUUGGAGUUCUUUCAUUUACCCUGGUUUUCACCUUCUGGUGGUUCAAAGGCGUUGCAUUUGGUAUCCUUGGACCUAUAAACGAACACAAAGGUCUCCAGUGGAGAAAGUCAUGGAAUAUCUACGAAAACUGA